AUGGCUACUGCAGUUAUACGACUAGCGAAGACUGACAGCUCAGGGGCUGGCCUUUCGUGCCACCCUUUUCUCGCCUGCAGAGCGCUCUUUGAUGACCUUGCUGAGAUGCAGUGCUUUGAUGGCGAGAGACAGAUCUCCAUCGUGAAGACGACACUGCUGCGAGUCGACGCAACUAAUGCCAUGGUUCACCAGCUCUCUUUCUUGCAAUCACGAGUCAGGGUUCCAAACUCAGCCGCCUUCGGCAGCGAAGCCUUCUUCUCCCCUCACCCGUUCCAGCUACAUAACCUACAAAACCCGCUGUAA